AUAGGUCUUAUUUAAUGACGUAAGCAAUGCGCCAUAUGUGAAAUAAGAUUUGAGCUAUUUAUGUCUGAUCGUUAGCUACCUCAGAAGUCUCGCGACCGAGAGCAUAAUUAGGUGUGUCAGCUGUUCGAUUCCAUUCCCAGCAACGUUUACUUCAAAUCCACAAUGCAGUCACUUCGUGUAUAUGUACCCCUUACGGGCAGCCUUUGGCGCCGAUCCUUCUCUGUAUCACAUGCGGCAAUGUCUCAACAGAUGACAGUGCGAGAUGCCUUGAACACUGCAUUAGAUGAAGAAAUGGAUAGAGAUGAAAGAGUUUUUUUGCUUGGUGAGGAAGUUGCAAUGUAUGAUGGUGCUUACAAAAUUUCUAGAGGUUUAUGGAAAAAGUAUGGAGACAAACGUGUUAUUGACACACCAAUCACAGAAAUGGGUUUUGCUGGUCUUGCUGUUGGUGCUGCAAUGGCUGGCUUACGACCGAUCUGCGAAUUUAUGACGUUCAAUUUUUCAAUGCAAGCUAUUGACCAUGUUAUUAAUUCUGCUGCAAAAACAUUAUACAUGUCUGCAGGGAAGGUGAACAUUCCAAUUGUGUUCCGUGGACCAAAUGGUGCUGCUUCAGGUGUGGGUGCACAACAUUCCCAGUGCUAUGGUGCAUGGUUUGCUCACUGCCCUGGUUUGAAGGUAAUUUCACCAUAUUCAUCAGAAGAUGCACGUGGAUUAAUGAAGGCAGCAAUUAGAGAUCCUGAUCCUGUUGUUUUUCUUGAGAAUGAAAUGCUAUAUGGUUCAAAUUUUGAUGUUUCUGAAGAAGUGCUAUCAAAAGACUUUUUAAUACCAAUUGGAAAAGCAAAGAUUGAACGAUCAGGUAACCAUGUAACGGUGAUUGCACACUCUAAAGCUGUUGAACUGGCCCUACUCUCUGCUAAAGAAUUGGCUCAAGAGGGAAUAGAGGCUGAAGUCAUCAAUUUGAGAUCAUUGCGACCUAUUGAUGAUGAAGCAAUCAUCUCCUCUGUCAUUAAGACAAAUCAUUUAGUUACAGUUGAGCAAGGUUGGCCAUUAUGUGGUAUUGGGGCUGAAAUAAGUGCCAGAAUUAUGGAAAGUGAAGCCUUUUUUCAUUUAGAUGCCCCUGUUGUUCGAAUUACUGGUAUUGAUGCACCUAUGCCGUAUACCAAAUCUCUGGAAGUAUAUGCUCUUCCUCAACCUUCUGAUAUUACAUCUGCCAUCAAAAAGGUGUUGGGAGUGCAGUGAUCUAUGUUCAUUUUCUCAUUGUAACUGAUGUACUUCUCGGAUUAAUUUAGUGAAUUACCAUGUACUAUAAAUUUUGCAUUAAAAAUUAAAUUAAUUAAAAAUGUGAAAUGUUAAAUAGAUUGGUAAUACAAUGUUAUUUACAUCGCACUUUUAAAACUGCAGUAAAUGAAACCUGAACGUAUUAAAAGUGACAAAGUCAGGAAUAAUGAGCAUGUAUCAGUGAAACAUUAAUUAUAUAAAUUAUGAUUGAUAUAAUAAGAGAAAAUAUUUAGAUGUAUGUAAGGAAAUUAGAUGGAAUUGGUAAUAAAUUAUGGCAGAUUUCCUAAAACAUAGGUUCUCAAACUGUAAUAAAUGAACUUUCAGGGGUGUGUGCUACAUUUGGGUGGCUUGUAGGAUAUUUUUGUAAAACACUUUCUCCAAGAGAAAGAUGAAAAAAAUUACCAUUUAAUUCAAAGUGUUAAUUCUCUAUUUUGCCAGAAAAUUAAAAUCCCAAUUAUCAUAGUACACCUGACUCAUUCUCAAUUAAAAAGGGCUAGUUUUGAAGCUGGAAUUCCCAGUGAAACUUUCAGUUGGAGAACCAGACCUCCAAAACUGUGAAGUCGUACAAGCACACCCAUUUCAUUGAAAAUUUUGACAAUUCAUAAUCUCUUAACUUGAGAGUUCAAGCUAUUUGGACUUGGUAUAACUAAACAUCAUAUCAGUUGGAACAUAAAUUGUUCAGUUAAGAAAUUGGGUACUGUGGUCUUAUCAUUUUAGAUCUGUUAAAAUUGCUCUCUUUUCAUGUGUACUAUGUAUCGCUUUGUUAUUCAUCUCUUUAAAAUUUGAACUUUGUUGCAAUAAAGUAUGAAUGGAAUGGAUUUGUAAAUUAGUUGUUAUUUAGUUUCCAAGCAAAUUUUUUGGUUUUAUGAUAUGGUGAGCUCCUUGAGUGAAUUGUAUGCGUGGUUUAUCAACUAUGUAAAACAUUAAUUUGUAUAUCAUGAUUCCUCGGAAUAAAGUUUUUUAAGUAUAUAUAAA